AUUUCUGUGCGAUGUCCGAUCCCAAGGAAGCCACCAUCGGCCAACCCCUUCCAACAUCCGGGUGGUGACCCAAGGGCGUGACCUCAGGAGUUCCCAACAUUCGUCACCUACAUCGCCAUCCCCCUAUCUUUAAACCUCACAUCACCUAUGUUGCCAGAGCCUGCUUUCCUUCGGUUGACUGAUAUCCUUCCGUGGAUUUAGCAUCAUUGCGCUAGACAUACAUUUCUACAGCUGCAUCUUACCGACUUACGGAAAUAUGACGAGUCCACUCAGCCCGGCGACCGAUCACCCACUCAUACUAAACGAGAAGCGCUCCGCCUCUGGAACAGGUCUCCUACCCACGGUCCCCGAAGCUGCGUCUAUUGCAUCGUCACCGGACCUGCAACAGGGGGAAUUCAACCCGUCCGCCGGGGCCAAACCAUCCUCACCCUUUUAUCGCCAUGCCACGCCAUCGCUGGCCAUCGACCGACUGAAGAAGGCCGCGCAAGCCACGACACAGUACAAGCCUCUUGACCCCGAAAACCCCCCAACGCUCGACCGACAGUCAGCCGGAUCCGGACAUCGCGAGUCCAAGCUCUGGGUUCAGGAAAAGCGAAGCUGUGCGUGGAUGACGCGGCUGAGCAGGAAGCAACGCAUGGUGGUUAAAGCAAGCAUUGCCAUUCUGACUGUUGGCACAAUGGUUGCGAUUGCGCUGGGGAUCACGGCGGCUGUGGGAGGAGCUGUGUGGAGGUCUGAUACACAACAAGUGGUGAUCGGGGGGUAGCGGGAGUGGCCCGAUGAUGGUGGUUUAGAAUGGCGGUGGAUACCUGGGCCACAGGAAUCGUGGAUAUUGGA